CAAGCCCAAGCUGGAAAUAAAAGUAAGCGGAGCCGAGCUGCAGAGCGUUUUGGUUCGGGCGGUGUUGGAAUCGGAUCGAAUUAGAAUCAAAACCCCAGGCAGAGGAAGAGGGGAGCGCUCGGCUGCAGUGGAGUGGAGAUAGAUAGAUAGAUAAAUGGGUGCAUUUUGGGGGACGCGGGUGAUGGAGAUAGUGAAGAAGCAUGAUUCUGCUGGACUCCUUUGGAAGAGAAUCAAGCUCACCACCACCCGUAAAGCCAAUGCUAAGAAACGUCUCCUCCGCGUUUGGCAGAAUGAAGCUGUUCUGAAGGCAUGUUCUGAACCAUCUCCUUCAAUAAGUUCUUCUGCCAGUAUCAAUAAAGCUCAUGACAAUGUUACGGAGGGUAGUUAAGUUGAAGGGCAUGAUGUUCGAUGACAUUAGCCCAAUCUGAAUGUUAUAUAUCAUUGGUAUUUGGGCUCCCAAUUCUAAAAUAUUAGCUUUUGCUCGGAUAGUUGUUCUCAAACUUUACCAGGAUGCUUCAAUUAGCUACUUGUUUACACUUUAUUUUCCAUUAAAAAAAGUUAAUUUGUACCUUUUUUGGGUCUAUGACCAGCGAAAAUGAUAUGACAACUCUUAGAGCUUGAGCUGCAUGAAGAGCUUGAGUAUCAUCUGUUAUAUGUGAAGAUUAUUAUCUAUCUUGCUUGCUGUAAAAUGUCUCUUGCCUAUUUUAUGAAUCUAGGCAUGUAGCUGAUUGCUGCUAUUAUGAUUUUGGUUUCCAGAG